AUGACACUGGCGUCAGUUCGGAACCUCUUUUGUACGGAGUCUCCCGAGAAGAUCCUUGACGUCGAGUGGAAGAACAACCUCAGUCUGCAGAACGUUCCACAAAUCACCGAAUGCGUUCAACAUCUUGAUCUCUCAUGGUUGCCAGCCUUAUUUCUAAUAAUAUUCUCUCCACUUCCACUUUAUGAUCUGUAUCGAAGUGAGCAUGCCCGGGCAAGGUGUCAUUCUCCCGUUACUUACAGAAUUUUGAUAUGCGUAGUUCUUGUCACUGAUCUCACGUGCUCAUUUUUCUACAAUGCCUAUAAUUAUUUUGUAUUGGAUAAUAAGUCAACAUUGCAAUAUAUGGUAGGGGAUUGUGCCCAAUAUAUAGGCAAUCGAUAA